AUGUCCAGACUUAGGGUAAUGUCAGUGGGUAACAACCCAAAUUUGGCCUUUUACAAUUGGAGACUCUAUGAGAGCAAAGGUUGUGAUAUCGAUGUGAUCACCAACGUCUCCGGCCUCUCCGAUUCGAGCCCUACCAGCUUUAACUGGUCCUCCAAGCAAUUUGGAACUUCAAGGUUCUCAACCUCGUCGAUUUACUCUUCGUUGGACGGUUAUCUCUCUGCUGGAAAGCGUGCUGCCUUUGACUUCAUCCUUCUAUCGGCCGUCUCUCUCCAGGAGCUCUCUGUUGUGUUCACAAAGUUACAACCGUUGAUCCAGGCACAGAUCGCAGCAUCUGGUUUUGCGCCAACUGUGGUGAUUGAAUCAACAAAUUUCGUGAACUUGGAGCCUUUCAUCAAGGUGUCGCUUCAAAUGGAACAGGUGAUCGUGCUUUCUAUCAUGUCUGAUUACGAUGUUCGUUCUUCGGGCCCAAACUCCUAUACCGUCUGUGAUUCUAAGAAAGAGAGCGAGUUGGUGUAUGUUGGUCGCAGUGGUGUUGAUGCUAAGUACUCUCAGCGUGAGAUUUCACUUAUCAACCAGAUCUCUGGAUUGCUAGAGAGCGCGGGAAUCGAUGUCUACAAGCUCAGUACCCCAAUAGAGUUCUUGUCUUACCAGUGGAAGUUUGCCCUGCCAAAAAUUGCUCUUGAGCCGCUUUCAAUCCUAUUUGAAAGACCCUUUCCCCAGCAGCUCCAGCAGCAAAUCUUGGCCAAACCACUCAUCAGCGGGCUCAUCGCUGAGGUGAUUUCUGUUAUCAAGACUAUGGGAUGUAAGCUCUUUAAGAGCUAUGACACAGAACAGGCUUUGCUGGACAGAUGCUCGCAAUUGUAUCCUGACCAAAAGCUUUCUGCUGAUUACGCAGAGGCCCCCAAGAUGUUUUACGACUUCUACAAUCAGAACGAAUUGUAUCUGGAUCUCCUUCUGUUACAGCCCAUUUUGCUUGCGGAUGAUUUCCAAGUCAAGACCCCGUACCUGGAGUUCCUAUAUGCUAUUCUGACUCAGUUUGUGAGUACCAAUACUAGUACUCCAGAGUCUCCAACUUCGAUCUUUUGGUUGAGAAGCACGGCAGCCAAUGUGAAAGCGCUCAAGCUGAAACAACAGGAAUUGGAGGCUGAGAAUACUGCCCGUGAAGCCAACAUUGAGAAAUUGAAUCAACCUCAGGUUCCAGUUCAAUCGCAGCAACAGCAGCAGCCAAUUCCUGCUCUCCAGCCAGCCCCUCAAUUCCCGAAUGGUUAUGCUAAUGGAAGUGCCAACGGUUAUGCUAAUGGAACUGCUAAUGGAACUGCUAAUGGCACUGUUAAUGGCCAUGUAAAUGGAAACUCCAACGGUAACUUGAAUGGCGCUGCUACUGUUGGCCCAGAUGACGAGCUUGAAGACCUCAGUCAGAUGGCUGCUGCUUAUGUGAUCAACGAUCAGAGCCAGCGUAAUUCGGUAUCCGGACCUCAGGCAAAAGCUGUUGCCAACAACAUUUACGCCCAGCAAUCAUACGCGAGGGAACACGGCUACACACAGCCUCAACCUCAGCCCCAGCCUCUACAGCCACCUUCUCCACAAUACGACCAGUACGGAAAUGUGAUCAGAUCUUUCCCUUCCCAGCAGGAUCUCUACACGCAGCAGAGACAACAGUCUUUCUCGCAGCAACAACUGCAGCCUCAACUGCAGCAGGGUGGAUCGUCUUCCCCGACUUUCCCUCCUCAGCAGCUGCCAUACGGUCUUCCGCCUCAGGGACUUCCUCAGAACCAGCAGAUCUUCUCCCAACCCAAGCAGCGUCGGUCUUCGGCAAUGCUCUACUCAGAUUACCAAGGCAUGGAGCAAGGAGUGAACAUGUCUCGUUUCAAGGCUACUUCUCGUAAAAACAGGAAGUCUGCUAUGCCCAACAUGUUGCCUGGAUUUGGCGGCCCUGCCGGAAUGCCUCGUCCUGGCCAGCCUGCUGGAGCUCCCCCUUCCCAGGGACCGGCUCCACAGUAUGGACCGAACAACACCAGCAAUGGAAUGAUCAGAAGUCAGCAAUCUUUUAGCAACGGAAGGAGACCCCAGCAGCCACAGCCGCAAUCGGCGGCCGUGAAUCCAAACGGACUUGGAAUCAGCAACGGAUACCCUUCGAUGCCUCCUCAGCAACCUUCUUCGUAUUCGAUCUCGCAACCUCAACAGCCCCAAGCUGUCAAUGGUUACCAGCAGGGAUCGAGCGGAAGUCUUUCCAGAGAAGACGAUGAUAGCAACGGAUCAUCAGCCGGAAAGGUGCAGCCUGGGUUCUUGCCUGUCCCUGAAGCCGUUCCCGUCGAAGGAACCCCACUAGGGUUCACAACUGCUACCAAGCCAGAGGAGGAGAAGGAGAAGAAAAAGAAGCGCGGCUUUUUUGGCAGAAAGAAGAAAUGA